AUGGGAAGGUUCAACACCAGUUUGGAUAAAGGUUUCAUUUUGGUGGGAUUCUCAGACUGGCCUCAGCUAGAACUCAUUCUUUUAAUCUACAUUUUGAUUUUCUACUCCUUAACACUCUUUGGCAACACCACCAUCAUUGCUCUGUCACAACUGGACCUUCGAUUACACACACCCAUGUACUUUUUCCUCUCCCAUCUCUCCUUCCUAGACCUCUGCUACACCACCAGCACUGUGCCCCAGCUUCUAAUCAAUAUUGAGGGGCAUGACCAUACCAUCACGUAUGGAAGGUGUGUGGCCCAGCUCUUCAGUGUCCUUGCCCUGGGCUCCACGGAGAGUAUGCUUCUGGUGGUGAUGGCCUUUGACCGCUACGCUGCUGUGUGUCGUCCACUCCUCUACACCACCAUUAUGCAUCCCAUUCUGUGUCAGGCAUUGGCCAUGUCAUCGUGGGCAGCGGGCCUCGUCAACUCUCUGAUCCAGACAGGCCUCAUGAUGGCCAUGCCUCUCUGUGGCCAUCGGCUGAAUCACUUCUUCUGUGAGAUGCCUGUGUUCCUCAAGUUGGCUUGCAAGGACACGGCUGGAACAGAGGCCAAGAUGUUUGUGGCGAGAGCCAUAAUCUUGGUUUUCCCUGCGACAUUGAUUCUAGGAUCCUAUGCACACAUUGCCAGGGCAGUGCUGAAGGUCAAGUCAAUGGCUGGACGCAGAAAAGCUUUUGGGACAUGUGGGUCCCACCUCCUGGUGGUUUCUCUCUUUUAUGGCUCAGCCAUUUACACAUACUUACAACCCAAGGGUAGUUAUUCUGCGAGCGACGGGAAGUUUGUUGCCCUCUUUUAUACUAUCGUCACCCCUAUGCUCAACCCUCUGAUCUAUACCCUGAGGAACAAGGAUGUGAAGGGGGCUCUGUGGAAGGUGCUGGGGAGAGGCACAGACUCAAGGUAG